AGCAAAAAAGAUAAAAUGAGUAAUUCAUCGAAUAAUGUGGAAGAAAAUAUUAGUGUAACUACAUCUGACACAGCUCAACUAAUAAGCAAUGACGAAGCUGGCACUUCCAACGACACAAGGCUCAACAAAGAAGUUAAUUUUCAGGAUUCUGAUGAAGAAGAUGUUCAAGGCAGUCACGGAAUCAGACGCAGACAGCCAGUUCAAAAAAUAGAACCAGGCUCAUUGAAUAUUCUCUCCGCUAAAUAUGAGAGCUUAGACUAUGACACAUGUGAGAACCAUCUCCUUUUAGACGAAGAGCGCAAAAGAGGCUUUGCAUUUGUACUAAGAAAGGACAUAGCAAGAUGGUUUAUUAUGCUAUUGAUUGGCAUGAUCACAGCCCUUAUUGCCUUUAUUAUUGAUAUUGCUAUUGAAGAGUUCUCUAAUAUUAAAUAUAAAUUACUUAAAAAAUCUGUAGACAAAUAUGUAUUGAUUGAUAAACUAUACAUUCCAUACUUGUUAUGGGUGUUAUCGAAUAUAGCUAUUGUUUUUAUUGGAUCUGUACUUGUUGCGUAUGUUGAGCCAGUAGCGGGAGGCAGUGGUAUCCCGCAAGUUAAAUGUUAUUUGAACGGUGUCAAAAUACCACGGGUAGUACGGAUAAAAACUUUAAUCGUGAAGACGAUCGGCGUUAUUACGGCUGUUGUUGGCGGUUUAGCCGGUGGAAAGGAAGGUCCAAUGAUUCACAGCGGCGCAGUCGUUGCGGCCGGUAUAUCCCAAGGCAAGAGUACAACGUUCAACAAAGACUUCAAGGUGUUCCAGUAUUUUCGCGAGGAUCAUGAGAAACGAGAUUUUGUAUCGGGAGGAGCGGCUGCGGGAGUAUCAGCGGCUUUUGGUGCACCUAUUGGUGGCGUAUUAUUUUCACUAGAGGAAGGCACAAGUUUUUGGAAUCAAGCUUUAACAUGGCGCAUAUUUUUCGGGACUGUUGUAUCGACAUUUACGUUGAAUUUCGCAUUGUCUACUUAUCACGGACAUCCGGGAGAGUUAAGCUAUCCUGGAUUGUUAAACUUAGGUAAAAUGGAGCCAUUCCCGUUCCAAGUGUAUGAACUCCCUGUAUUUAUGAUUUUUGGCGCUAUCGGCGGCAUAAUGGGAGCCCUGUGGAACCACAUCAAUUACAAGCUAGCUGUGUUUCGAACAAUAAGCGUAGAGAAAUACGCCCUGAUAGGCGCAGCGGCCCAGCUUGGCGGCGUGGUCCGGAUGACCAUUUCCUUGACUGUUAUAAUAAUUGAGACCACUGGUCAGAUAUCCAACGCUCUGCCGAUUAUCACUACGCUGAUCGUCGCUAAAUGGAUAGGGGAUUUCUUCAAUGAGGGUAUCUACGAUACAUACAUACAACUAGCAGCCGUACCCAUCUUACCUUGGGAGCCACCACCCUUAACUCACAACAUUUACGCCUCCGAAGUAAUGUCGCACCCAGUGUUCACAUUGCGUACAGUUGAGAACGUCGGCCAUAUUGUGGAGAUAUUAAAAGUUACCACGUAUAAUGGAUUCCCGAUUGUCGACCCGCCGGCUACUGAUGAUGCCGAAGUAACAACGUACAAACGCCUCAGAGGUCUCAUACUUCGCUCGCAGUUAAUAGUUCUAUUACAAAAGAAAUUGUACAACGAGAACGCGAACACGACGUGGUCGAACAUCAAAGUCGAUAUGAACAUGUUCAGAGAAGGUUAUCCACGAUACCCCUCUAUCGAUCAGCUCCAGAUUUUAGAUUGGGAGAAAACGUGCAUGAUAGACCUGCGUCCAUUCAUGAACCCCUCGCCAUACACGCUGCCCCACCGCGCCUCGCUACCGCGGCUAUUUCGGCUGUUCCGCGCGCUUGGUCUGCGGCACCUGCCUAUAGUCAAUGACGUUAAUGAGGUCGUAGGCAUGGUAACAAGAAAAGAUAUCGCAAGAUACAGGGUGUGGAGACAUCGCGGCCACAUGGGCAUGGAGGAGUUGUUACUCUCUAGUGAAAUUUAAAUGCUGUAAUUCAAUUUUAAUUAUUAAAUGUUGUAGGUAUAUGUGCGGAGAUGUUUAGCUGUUAUUUAAUUUGUUGAUAAUUUAUGAAUCACCAACGCUAAAGGAAAAGUAAUGAAAGAAUGUUGUUGUACGGACAAUAGCGCAUCAGACUACACGUUUUUGUUCGAAAAUCGCCUCGAGUGCAACGGAACAAAAUACGUCAAUGUGUAGCUUGAUGUGCUGUUGACUGUACAUUAUUUCUUUUAGUUGACUUGAUUAUGAAGAAAUAUUAUGACCAAAGAAUCUCUGUGCUGAAAUAAUAUUAUUAUGUAGUCAACCAAUUAUAGAAGAGGGCACUUCAUUAUUCAUCAUUCAUUUAAUUCAGCGCAUCAUGAUAUAACAAAUCAAAUCAAAUCAAAAUCUUUAUUUCAGACAAGAUAUCCAUAAAGUGUUAGCAGCUAAACAAUAUGUAAUUUCAUGAAUUAUCACGCAUAUCACGAAAUGCCCAAAUCUAUAAUUUUAUAGUAAUCAAUUUAAAUAUAAUAUAAUAUGAAAUAUUCU